GAAACCUCGAGGUGACUCACAUGAUACAUGUUUCCAGAGCCCGGUGCGUGGUUCCAUGCUGGGUGAAUAGAAAGUGUGAUUCACCUCCUCGUUCUUUAGUGACGUACGGUGUUCGGUGGGAGGCUUAGCUACCAGUGUCAUUUACGUCGACAAGGCUUGGCGAUCGUAUCCAAUUGGAUUUGGCCCCAUUCAAGUUUCAAGUUCUACAGCUUCAAAAUGUCGGACGACGAAUGGGAUGCUGAGGACUUCAAACCCAAAACAUUUGGUGUGGCUACCACAGACAAAUGGGCAGGAGAGGAUGAAGAUGAAGAUGCUCCAGAUGACUGGGAGGCGGCGGACGACGAGGACAAGCCUGCCGCCGUCGUGGAGGAGGCGCCAAAGAAGAAGAAGCUGACACUGGCUGAGCGGAUAGCUGAGAAGGAGGAGAAGCGACGAGAGGACCUGGAGCGGCGGAAGCGGGAGGAGGAGGAGGCGGCAAAAAAGCUGACGCCGGAGGAGCGUCUGGCCGAGAAGGCACGCGCGCUCAAGAUGCAGGAGGACGCCGACCUGGAGGUUGCCAUGGAGACAUUCGGCGUGAGCAAGAGCGACCUACCGUCCGAUUCGCCGCUGGACGCCACGCCCACCGACAAGGAGUCGUUCGAAGCCUACCGGACGGCGCUGGUGGAGAAGCUGCGCUCGCUCGAGUCGUCCGUUCUGUAUACCGGCUUCCUGGAGGAGCUGGUGCGCGACCUCUGCUGGAACCGUGAGUGCUCUCCCCCUCGACCUCUGCUGGAACCGUGAGUGCC